AGACGAGAGAAACGAAAGAUGGCUGCCAUUGUGUUAGCUACAAUUGUACCACUUCUUGCAAGUACUGUGGGAUAUUGAAGAAAGUUGUCAUGGAGCAUAGGGGUCAACUGUCUCCAGAGCAAGAUGCCCUAGAGCACAUAAUUGCUUGCAGGGACAAACCCUUCCUGGAGGAAAGGUUUAUUGACUCCUUUAAAGGGAGAGGAGUGUUCACCCACAAAGGCAUUGAACCAUCCAUGUUUGUUGUUGAAUAUCGGGGAAAGAUUUCUUCUUGUAAAGACAAAACACCAAAGUGUGGGGAUACUCUGAACAAUUAUUUGUUUGAGUUUCCAUGGAUAGGAGCACAGUGGUGCAUUGAUGCCUCGAAAGAGGACGGGACCCUUGGACGACUUGUGAAUGAUGAUCACAUAAGUCCCAACUGUGAAAUGAAGAAGAUUGUCUAUGAGGGAAAACCACACUUAUGCCUAUUUGCCGUGACAGAAAUAUCUCCAGGCGAAGAGAUAACCUACAACUAUGGGGACUCAGCUUACCCAUGGCGAUCAAAGGAUUCCUAUGAGGGAUCGAGUGCCUCAUACUCACGCCUUUAUGAUUCGACAUCAACACCAAGGAAUGAAAGGCUUGAGGACUCAUCAGCUUCCAGCUUUGAAAAUUCCUGCUCUGAUGAUGAUGAUGAUGAUGAUGACGAUGAUGACAAACUACCUGACAGCGGGCCGAGUUGUCGCAAUGACGGUUUUACUGACAUCAACACUCAGCUGGAUUUCAGGGACAGUUCACCUUUUGCAGAUUUAGAUUCUUCUCAAGACAUGACAGGAACUUUCAUGAUGCAAUCAGAUGAUGCUUCUUGCAUCCAGCAGGAAGACGAGGCCUUUUUCAGCCCUAAUGAUCACAGAUGGGGUGUAAACUUCAGACCCCGCAAGCCUAGAAAGAACUCCGAAGACCCUCUUUACACCAGUAAAAAUUACUGUUAUGUUUGUGGGAAAGGUGUUUGUAAAAUUUCUCGUCAUCUUUUAAAGCAUGCUGAUGAAGAGCCUGAAAUCGCUGAAGCUUUUGCUUUUCCCCAUAACUCCAAGGAACGAAAAAGGUUAUUGAACGAAUUACGUAACAGGGGAAAUUACAAACAUAAUCAAGAAGUGCUGAAGAACAACAGUGGAGAGUUAAAACUUAGAAGACGGCCAAAAACUGGGGAGAUCAAUACUAAAACCUACGCUCACUGUCUACACUGUAAAGCCAUGUUUAGUCGUAACGAGAUGUGGAGGCAUGUAGCCAAAUGUCCUUCCAGGACAACAUCAAACUCUUCAGCAGGGGGCAAGACAUAUGUCCUAACAGAGAUGGCUCUUGCAGAGUCCCCAUUCUCCCGAACACUUCCAUCUGGCGUGUGGAAGUUGCUUGUAACUAUGAAACCAGAUGAAAUUACAUCUGCAGUUCAAAAUGAUUUCCUCCUAAUAAAGCUGGCACAGUCUUUAUCUGAUAAGUAUGGAAAUAAUCCAAAUAAACGUGAUUACAUCAGACAGAAGCUGCGAGAAAUGGGAAGACUUUUGCUGGCGCUGCAUAAAAAGUCAGUAUUUAGCUUCGAAGAUGCCACCGAACCCAAAAACUUCUACAAAGUUGUUGAGGCUGUCAAAGACAUUGCUGGUUUCAAUGAAAAAAAGCAGAGCUACAACAAGCCAUCUCUUGCUUUGAAAAUAGGACAUUCAUUAAAAAAAAUAUGCACCAUUGUCCUCAGUGGAGUUGAUGGCAAUGAGCAGAUGAUGAGAGACAAAAAGACAUUCAUGAAACUUUGUGUUAAAGAAUGGUCUGCACUCGUCUCCCAUACAGCCCUCGCUUCGUUGAGUGGACGAAAAGUAAACAACCCGUCUACCAUACCAUUCACUUGUGAUGUGCAGAUGUUCUACAUGUACCUAGAGACAACAUCUGCUUCUGCCAUGGAAACGCUGAAGAAGUAUGAAAGCCCACAGGUCUACAAUGCACUUUGCAGAGUGACACUUGCACAAGCAUCUGUCUUAAGCAAAUGUGCAUCUGAGGUUUCAAAAAUGACACUGAAGACAUUCCAGGAGAGAGACGUCUCCACCCAAGUGUUGUCCAAGCACUUCAUUAGAUUCAAUAUUCCGAGCAGGAGUAGCCAAGACGUUGCUGUUUUGUUGACCUCUGAACUUAUCAGUGCUAUAACUCUGCUUGUGAGCAAGAGACAAGCCUGUGGUGUACACAAAGACAAUCCUUUCUUGUUUGCAAAGCCCAACUCUUCUCCCACAAGCCUCUACCACGGAGGGAACUGUGUCAGAGCUUUUUCAAGUCUAUGUCGUGCAAAGAAACCAGAGUAUCUCAGGUCGGUGCAUCUUCACAAGCACAUCGCAAGAAUCUUUCAGAUUCUCAACCUAGAGAACGACGAGCUAGAUCAUCUAGCUAAACUGUUGGGCCACGACAUCCGGGCUGACAGGGACUAUUAUCGGCUGCCAGAGGCAGCUGUGGAACUUGCAAAAAUAGCAAAACUUCUUCUGGCAAUGGAAAAGGGUUCUCUGGAAAGAUUCAAAGGAAACUCUCUGGACGAAAUCGAGAUUGAAGAUGAACUGGAGCCAGAUGUGGAGCAGGGCAACCCUGAAGAGUCUGAUGAUGAGGAGGAUAAUGAAGAAUCAGAUCUUUUGCCUCAGCAGAGCGUUGCUGCAGAACAACAAGGCAGUCAUCUGACUCCUGAGCAAGAUGCACUGCAGCACAUAAAGGCCUGCAGAGACAAACCCUUCCUGGAGGACAGGUUUAUCAACCCCCUUAAAGGGAUUGGCGUGUUUACCCAUGAAGCCAUUGAACCAUCCGCCUUCGUUGUUGAGUUACGGGGCAACAUCUUGUCUCAGAAAGAAACCAGGAACAAGAAGUGUGGUGUUACUUUGAACAAUUACAUGUUUGACUUCUCAUGGAAUGGAACAAACUGGCGUAUUGAUGCUUCAAAAGAUGACGGGACCCUCGGGAGACUUGUGAAUGACAAUCAUGAAAGCCCCAACUGCGAAAUGAAGAAAAUUGUCUUCGAGGGAAAACCACACUUGUGCCUGUUUGCAGUGGAGAAAAUAUCUCCAGGCGAGGAGAUAACUUACAACUAUGGGGAGUCCUCCUACCCAUGGCGCUCACAGGAAUCCAGUGAGGGACUGAAUACAUCACAAACAGACCUAAAUGCUGCAGCAUCUUCGUCAGAGAAUGAAAGUGAUGAGGACUCAGCAGGACCCUCCAGUUCUGCAGCAUCUUGCUGUGAUGAAGACUAUGUACCAUCUACUAGCAACAACAGCCAGCAGUGUCCGAGUUUCACACAGUCAAAUUCCUCUAAAGAGCAGAGCUUUCAGCAACAACCCAUUGAUACUUCAUCCAUCCAGCAGGAGGAUGAGACUGAUUAUAGCUCUGGGGAUUUUACCUCGGAUGAAGAGCCCAGAGCCCCCUCAUUCACCAACAGAAAUUACUGCUACGUUUGUGGGAAAGCCCAGUCUAAAAUUUCUCGUCAUCUUUACAAACACAAAAAUGAAGAGCCUGAUAUAGCUGAAGUUUUGAAGCUGCGCAAAAACUCCAAAGAACGGAAACGGCUACUGGAUAAGUUACGAGACAGGGGAAAUUACAAACAUAAUCAAGAGGUUUUGAAGACUAACUGUGGAGAACUGAAAGUGAAAAGAAGACAUUUAGACAGGCUCGACAAUGCAAAAACAUUUGCACAUUGUCUUUAUUGUAAAGGCAUGUACGUUCGUGAGGAGAUGUGCCGACAUAUGCAAAGGUGUGCUAGAAAGAAGCUCACACAACCUUCACCACGGGGCAAGACUAAAGUCUUAGCUUUGGUUGCUGUUGCAGAGUCAACAGACCCUCAAAAUAUCUCAUCAGAAGUGAGGGAGAUGUUAAACACACUGAAGAAUGAUGAGAUAUCAUCUGAAGUCCAGAAAGAUUCCCUUUUACUGCAGCUGGCACAGUGUUUGUACCACACCAAUGAGAGCAAAACAAAAAAAGAGGAACUCGUCAAAAUCAGGCUGAGGCAAAUGGGACGACUCCUGUUAAUAUUAAAGAAAAGGUCAAUAGGUAGCUUUGAAGAUGCUAUCAAACCCCAAAACUUCAGCAAAGUUGUUGAAGCAGUGAGAGAACUCUCUGGCUUCAGUGAAGAGACAAACUCCAGUGGCAGUCCAAGUUUAAUGCUCAGAUUGGGAUAUUUGCUGAAGAAAAUUGGUGACAUUAACUUUGCCAGAGCUUUGAAAGAGGAAGCUGAUAAAGAGUCAAUACGUGAAGCAGAGACAUUUACAAAGUUGUGUGCGAAAGAAUGGAAAUCCGUCCCUCCAAAGGCAAAAAACCUGCCAACUGUACCAUUCAUACAUGAUGUGCAGCUUUUCUAUCAGUGCACGGAGAAGACAGCAGCUUCUGCAGCAAAAAGCCUGACGAUGUAUGAAAGCUCCCCGGUCUAUACUGCGCUUCUUAGAGUGACACUUGCGCAAAUGUCAGUCUACAACAAAAAUAUGGCCGAAGUUUCAAAAGCAACCCUCAAGUCAUUUAAGGAACGGGAUGAGACUGAGCUUCACAAAGAUGCUGCUGUUAGCAAGUCGCAGUUUGAGCAAAUUCUGUCAAAGGACACUAUGAAGAUCAACCUGAUGAGCGACAGCGGCCAAAAAGUUGCUGUAACUUUGACAACCACACUCCUCGCUGCAAUAACACUGCUUGUGAACAAGAGAGAAGCUUGUGGUGUGCAUGAAAAUAAUCCUUUCUUAUUUGCAAGACCUGAUGCCCAAUGUACAAGCUACUUUCAGGGACACGUGUGCGCUGUCACUUUCACAGGUCGCUGUGGUGCAAAGAACAAGGCAAGCCUCCGGUCUGUGUUUUUUAAAAUGUCCAUUGUAAGACUUUUCCAGAUUCUCAGCCUCACAAAUGACGACCUUGGUCAGCUCACUAAACUGUUGGGCCCCAGAAUUCAGACCGACAGAGAGUAUUAUCAGAAGCCAGAGGCAGCUGUUGACAUUGCAAAAAUGUUAGAGCUGCUGUCAGCAAUGGAGAAUGGAACUUUUGAAAGAUUCGAAGGGAAAUCUCUUGAGGAAAUUGAGAUUUCAGAUGAAUUGGAGCCAGAUGUGGAGCUUGCCGACCCCGAAAACAGUGAUAAUGAAGAAUCAGAGAAUUCUCUUCUGAGCGGUGUCUCCUUCACUAAAGGCUCCUCUUCAGCAAAAAAGAAACGCAGUAGAGGUUCCUUAUCGAAGAAGACACCUAGCCAAGGCCGGAGCAAGAAGCGGGAGAGUGAAAACAAGCCAUCUGAGCAGAGUGAUGAGAGAAAUGAAAAGGUGAAUACAGAGCAGGAUGACAGUUCAGAGGAAAUACCUGCGAGCUGUGACGUCAACACACCUGAAGUAACAGUUCCUCGCAAGAAUGGGGACAGUACAAACAUUUCUUUCAGUGAUGACGACGAGGACAUGAAUGUGGACUUUGACAUUGACAUAGACACCGAUGACGACAUGGUUGGAAAUAAGGAAAACGAUCAAGAUGGUGACACAAAUGGCUCAACACCUUUAAUGCCACAUAUGAAAAAACAAGCUAACAAGCAGUCCAGUGUUGCGGACCUUGACAAGACCAUGGAAACUGAUGCAGUGAACCAUGAGGAGAGAGAAGAUCAAAAGAAAGGAGGUGUCUCCUUCACCAAAGGCUCCUCUUCAGCAAAAAAGGAACGCAGUAGAGGUUCCUUAUCGAAGAAGACACCUAGCCAAGGCCGGAGCAAGAAGCGGGAGAGUGAAAACAAGCCAUCUGAGCAGAGUGAUGAGAGAAAUGAAAAGGUGAAUACAGAGCAGGAUGACAGUUCAGAGGAAAUACCUGCGAGCUGUGACGUCAACACACCUGAAGUAACAGUUCCUCGCAAGAAUGGGGACAGUACAAACAUUUCUUUCAGUGAUGACGACGAGGACAUGAAUGUGGACUUUGACAUUGACAUAGACACCGAUGACGACAUGGUUGGAAAUAAGGAAAACGAUCAAGAUGGUGACACAAAUGGCUCAACACCUUUAAUGCCACAUGUGAAAAAACAAGCUAACAAGCAGUCCAGUGUUGCGGACCUUGACGAGACCAUGGAAACUGAUGCAGUGAACCAUGAGGAGAGAGAAGAUCAAAAGAAAGGAGAAAAGAAGAACAAAUCAUCAGCUCCAAUGCCCAGAAUGAAAGAGGUGAAGAUAUUAAUCCCAAAACUGGACAUUGAUAAGUUUCGGCGUUCAGUCCACAUUUCCCAGUUACCAUCUGAGUGUAACUCUGUCACAUCAGUGAAGGAUCAGCCCAUCACAAACAACAGCAACGAGCAUGUAAAAUCCUCGUCAUCCACAAACGUCAAAGACAAGCCCAACAAUGCAAAGGAGACACUGAUGAACUGUUCCAACUGUAAGUUGAACAUGAUGAAGGGCCAAACAGCUUACCAGAAGAAGGGAUUCACAGACGUCUUCUGCUCCAAAAACUGCCUCUUCAAGAUGUUUCCCGUUAACAGACCAGUCAACAAGACCUGUCAUUACUGUCUCAAGGCAAUCUCACAGCCUCUGGACCUCAUCAUGGCUGCAGUGGACGUUAAGGGAACUAUGAAGGACUUCUGCAGUCCCACCUGCCUAUUGUCUUUUAAGUCCAACACUGUGCCCACCCAAACACCACAGCAGCUCUGCAGCAUGUGCAACAAAUCCUGCACCACCACAUGUGAGUUCGCCCUAAAUGAGGCUGUCCUGAAGUUCUGCAGCAACUCCUGUUUGGAAGAUUUACGCAAGAACAUGGCUGUCUGUGACAGCUGCAGCUCCACCUGCCUUAAACCACUGAAGCUGAAGCUGAAGGGGGGGACCAAAUCCAUCUGCAACCAAAAAUGCCUGGACGAGUUCAAAGAGAAAACCAAGACAUCCCAUCAAUGCACCCUGUGCAAGGCAUUGCGGCCAGUGUCAGAGAUGAGUGAUUACACAACUGAUGAUAAAGUGGUGGAGCUCUUCUGCAACCGGUACUGUGUGACGUCAUACAAGCUAUGUCCUGUAACUGGAAACAGGCCUCAAGAGGAAAAAAGCUCAGAUGGUUUGAAAAAGUGGAGAAGAAGCAAACAAUCGAAACAAGGACUGAAUUUUGAGGAAGUGGAGUUCAGCGCAGACUCCACUGUAAACAAAAAUGAUGCAUCUGCAGCUGCUGUAUCAGACACUACGGUGACACUCGUCAUUGCAAGUUCAAAAUUAAGCAAAACCUGUUGUACCUGUGAAAAGAGUGUGCCGAGAGGAGCCACAGUGUACAAGCUGAAGAGCUCACAAGAGGUCUUCUGCUCGACCAUAUGCCUCUUUGAAAGGCAACCCCACAUCAAAUUAGGCACAAAAACCUGCUACAACUGCUUCCAGUAA